CAGUAUAGAGAGAGAGUGUGUGUGUCUAUUGAAGACAAAAGCCUAAACACAAACCCAAUUAGUAUCGCAUAUCAUAAACAACAACAACAACAACAACGCCGGCCAUCACUACCACACUGUGUCCACCGAUAUUUCUGGUCACCACCGCUACCGACCCGUAGCCAUCGACGCCUGAGUAGUAGUUUCCGCGGAAGACAAUCCAUUCAUUCAUUCAUUCAUUACAAGUCUGUGGACACACCAUCUCAUCCCUAGUGUCUGUCUGUGUGUCGUGUGUUUAACCAACUGAUCCCAUAAUCGGUUGAUAUAUAUAUAUAUAUAUAUAUAGAGCUGACACCUAUCACAACACCACACAACCUAUCCAUACCUCGAAGAUCUCGUCUGUCAUCGCCCAGUGUGACCAGUGAUAUGUCUCAAUACAUUCAAGUGGCCGAAGAGGAAGGCGAAGAAGCGAUCGAAAUUCCGUGCGAAGAGGACACAAACAGUUCAGUAUUGCUAUCGACGCUGACAUCGAUAUUUCCCGGCGCCAGUGGACUGAAGUAUCGCAACUCGGAAACGGGUACUUUUCGUGGCGUACGGCUAACCGAUGGCCGACUGCAGCCGCCCGAACAGGGCUGGCGGGCCAACUCACUCUAUUAUUGUGCAUUUCCUAAAGAAAACAAACGCAAAAUCGAUGACCAAACCGAGCCGUCGAUGGCCAAAACAAAACGAUUGGAAGCGAAAAUACAGCAAAAGUGUACCGAUUUGAUUGUAUUGGGUUUGCCGUGGAAGACAAGCGAAAGUGAACUGCGGGAAUAUUUUGAACAAUACGGCGAAGUAGUUCUGGCACAGGUCAAGAAAGAUACGAAAACCGGACUAUCGAAAGGUUUCGGUUUCGUACGUUUCGCCGAAUACGAUGUCCAGAUUAAAGUGAUAUCGAAACGACACAAUAUCGACGGCCGCUGGUGUGACGUUCGUAUACCGAUUAGUAAAGAGGGCGGCGGUUUUGAUUACCGAUCGGCCGAAUUUAAUCGCAAGAUAUUUGUUGGCCGACUAACUGAAGACAUUACAGUGGAUGAAUUGCGCGAUUAUUUUUCAAAAUAUGGCGAAAUUUGCGACGUAUUCAUACCGAAACCGUUCCGGGCGUUCGCUUUCGUAACGUUUUACGACUCGGAAAUCGCUCAGACACUGUGCGGCGAAGAUCACAUCAUCAAAGGCGUAUCAGUUCACGUAAGUAACGCCGUUCCCAAAGUUGAGAUGUCUAUGUCCGGAGGCGGCGGUGGCGGCUAUAAUAAGAGCGGUGGCCAUCAUUCGCAUAAUCUUAAUCACGGAGGUCAUGGCCGCUACGGCGGCCAUCAUUCCGGGAUGCACGGUAUGAAUGGUGGCGGUGGCGGUUCCCAAGUGGGUCUGUCGAUGAAUGCUAAGAUGAACAGUACGUUCAAUGAUGGGUUUUCAGUGAAUUCGGGCUAUAAUUAUGGGGCGUCUCCGCUAUCGCCGUUCGAUCAGCGAUCAGGUGGUGGUGGCCAUGGGUCCAACAUUGGUGGCCACCAUCAUCGGCAGGCCGGUGGUGGUGGAGGAGGCGGCGGCCAUUAUAUGAACUCGAACGGCGGUCUAUUUGAUCGGUUAGGUUCUAACGGUGGUGGCGGCGGCGGCAAUGUGUCGGCAUCUCAUCAGCAGAUAUGGAGCGGCGCUCUCGGUUCGCAUGUCACUCAACGCAAUCAGACCUCUGAUUUGCCGAAUCUAUCGGCACUGGGUAUUAGCGGCCAGAAUCCUAUGGGUGGUUCGGGGUACGGUUUAGGCUCUCUAAAUAUGAACCCUCAGGCGGCCGCCCUACAAUUGGCCGCCGCUAUUGCCAAUCAGGCUGGUAUAGCCUUGUUUGGCCAAUCAGGUCCGGGCGCGGGCAAUGCCGGUGUGGACGGUGGUCCGUCACCGAGCAUUGGCUGGCCUGCGGGCGGGGGUGAUGUCCAGAAUAAUGAUGUCAAGUCGGGUCUGUUGAGUGGCGCCCCAAACGACCGCUCCUGUGUGCCGGUGAACGCAUCGUCGGCCGCACCGCUAACCUCUCCCUAAAAAGCACAUAUAGACAACACGCACAUAAUAUAGACUACUAUUAUGAACCCGAAUCCCUAUCCCUCCCUCUCUUUAUUUUGAAAUCUACAUAAGCUGUUCAUCUAUUAUUAUCAAACAAUUAUAUAUUGAUAUCUAUUUCAGUGGUCAUAUACCUCCAGUACAUAUGUGAAACUGUAUGUAAUUUAUAUUAUACUAUAUAUGCUGUGUAUAACUGUGUGUUUGUAUUUGAUUGUGUUUGUAAUGAUUACUAUUAUUAUUAUUAUUAUUAUUG